AUGGAGGAGGAGCUGAAAACAUUUUUAGAGAAUUGCCAAAAGCAAGAAUUUUCAGCAAAGGAAAUGCUGGCCAUUUGUCAACCUUUGAUUUGGAGAAUACGCCUGGCUAGAAUUAAGAAAUGGUGUCUUAUCCUACUGCCCUUGGUGAUUAUCUAUUUGCUUUGGUUAUGUAGCGACACCUUUGGUUGGUGGUCGAGUGCAGUAGGACGAUUGCUGCUCAUUCAGAUCCUUCCCCUCUGGGAUUGGACACCCUACUAUAAUGCCAAGUGCUUAAUUCCACGAGAUCAGCUUGUCCAGGAGCAGCCAUCUCCAUUGGGAAAAUAUGAGACCCAAUGGCAAAACUGUGCUCUUUGUGAAAGUUUAGAGGGAAUAGCCACUGCUUCGAAUGUAAGCUACUCCACUUUGGAAUCUGAGUACCUGGAUCGGGGACAACCUGUUAUUGUAACAGAUGCUGGUUUGGAAAUGGAUAUCAUUAAUCUUCUAAAUCUUAUAGAGAAGAAAUCGCCGCAAUGGUUGUCCAGUGAACCCUGUGAUGUUUCCAGCAAUCUGCUGCUGAGAAAGCUUUUCAACCUAGAGGCAGCUCUGGACAAGAUCCACUCCUGGCAGGGACAGUCAUCGAAUAAUUGGCAUCUUCAACUAAGAAACUGCCAGAAGAAGGCGGUAAAGUCCUCUCGACUAUUCCUGGAACGUCCCUACUACUAUCCUCUUCACCUGGCGCCGUAUUACUCCAGCUGGUUAUUAGCAGUCCAUCAGCAAAAGUUAAAACAGUCGGAGAUUUAUGUGCGUGGUCUGGUUCUCAUCCAACAACUCAGUGGACACUUUGAAGUAGUUCUUCAUCCCAAAAAUCCCUGCGAUAAGGGAGUGUGUCCCAGUUUGAGAAUGCGGCUAAAUGCUGGAGAAGGUCUGGUAUUCUCCACGGAUAUUUGGAGUGUUAGCUUUGGCCUGGAGAAACCUCAAUCCAAGCAGAGCUCCCUGGCCAGCAUCUUCGAGAUUGACUGGCAAACGUAAUGCAAUUUUCUUAGUUGGCCGAAAUUGUAUUUACACACACAACUAGAUACAUAUAAAUAGAAGCCUAAAGUUAUCG